UGGAAGCAGGGAGCUUUUGUUACAGCUAGAGGGAGAGAGGGAGACACUUACAUUAAAAUACAUAGGAGCCAGAUUUAUUCAAAACCCGCUCCAACAUCCCGCAAAAUACUAGGCCCUCUCCCACAUCUGCGACCUCUCCAUCAGCCAUGGAGACUGAGAAAUGACUGAAUAUUGCCCCUGAUUUUUUUUAAAUCAAUGCACUGAAUGAGCAGUCGGAGAUACCUUCACUGUGUGACUCCACGCUUUCGUUGUAUCUGUUUUUUUUUUUUUUUUUUAGAAAAAAAAUACAUUGCACCAGGAGGCUCAGAUAUUGGGUGUAUUUGUUUAUAAUGGAACACGCUGAAGGCCCUGUAAGAGAAAGGGAAACUUAAGGAUGCUGGAGCAGAACAAUGGAUUUCUCCUUCUCUUUCAUGCAAGGGAUCAUGGGAAACACAAUUCAGCAACCGCCACAGCUUAUUGACUCGGCCAACAUUCGGCAGGAGGAUGCAUACGAUGCCAGCAGCGAUGCAGGCGAAGACGGGGGCCCCUCCGCCUAUGAGUCGGCCUUGGAGUCAAGCUUCUCCUACCCCCCUGAUGACCUGCCCGGGGUCACCAAUGGCUACCCAACAGGCUUUUAUGACCCCACGGCCAAGUACUCCUUGUAUCCACAGUUCCCUAAUGGCUCUGCCAAUGGAUAUGGUGCUGUUCGUGGCUACGGGGACCACUGUCUUCUGCCAGGAGACGGUACAGUGCUGAGGCCCCCAGUGGUACAUGAGAAGCCGCCAUCACCCACCACACCCACUUCUCAUCAUCACCAGUUCCUCCAUCCUCACCAUCCCAAUGCUCAACCCCAGAGCCCACUACCACUUGCCGCCCACCAUCACCAGCUACCUCCUCCUCACCUUGUAGCCCCUGUUUUGCCGCCUCCACCUCCCUUAUUGCUCCCCUCGUCCCACCCUCCGCCGUCAGCAGUGGACAGUGCACCGCUGCGCCCCCUGGUGCCAGACACCCAGCCUACUCCUAAAAAGACCAGCUCCCCUGAGAUCAAGCUGAAGAUCAUCAAGACAUAUCAGAAUGGACGCGAGUUGUUUGAAUCCUCCCUCUGUGGAGACCUGCUCCGUGAGCUUCAGGCUGGGGAGGCGUCUCGCCGCCGGCACGAGCGCAAGAAGGAAAGGAGGAAACGGAGCAGCAGGAGCCACAACUUGCUUCAGGGGGAGGAGCAGCAGGGAGUUAUUUUGGAAGCAGCCUCUGACCACGGUCAGCCAUGUGAUGCCAACCCUGGCCCUCUUGAACCUGGGCAGGAGGUGUCAAGCAUGAGCCUUAAGGUUCCCAAGACAGAAAUCAAGGAUGAACCCAAGGAGCAACAGAUCCAAAAGCAUGAUCCUUCAGCUGGCCCAGCCACCAAGUGGUGUGCAGAAUUUGAAGUGGGGGACUUAGUGUGGGCCAAGGUAGGGACAUACCCCUGGUGGCCCUGCAUGGUGUCCAAUGACCCACAGCUGAACGUCCACACCAGGAUAAACACUCGAGGUCACCAGGAGUAUCACGUGCAGUUCUUCAGCAGUGUCCCCGAGAGAGCGUGGAUCCACGAGAAGAGGGUGGUGGUUUAUCUAGGCCAGCAUCAGUAUGAUGACCUGCAGGCUGAGACUUUGCGUAAGACCACUAACCCAGCGGAAAGACACAAGCUCCUGAGGCCCCAGCCUCAGCGGGAGCGUGCUCAGUGGGAGGUGGGAGUUGGUCAUGCUGAGGACGCCCUGCAGAUGACAAGAGAACAGCGCAUUGACACCUACACCUUCAUCUACGUGGACGAGGAGCCAGCAGAACCUAAGGCACCUAGCGGAACUAAACCGGCGCGGAGGGCACGGCGGUCCAGGGGUAGCGCUGGGGAGAGAGAAGGGGCCGAGUCUGGGCAGGCUCGACUACCCCGUCGGCAGCAGCCCCGGAGGCGAUGCAGCGCAGCCAGUGCUGAAGAGCCUUCAUCCCCUGGCCCGCUCAAAGGUGAGAGUGAGCGGAGCCCCCAAGCCUCCGAGGUGUCCGUGGAUCCCCACCAAAUGCCUCCCCCAGUGAAAACGGCCUGGAGGACGGCUGCCGCCCGCAAGCUGCUCCCUCUGUCUGUCACCAUGAAGAAGCUCAACGUGGAGAUUACAAAGUGUGACUGGCCCCUCACUCAAGAAAAGAGCCUGUCAUCCCACGCGUUGAAGUGUGAGGAGCAGCAAGAUGGCCAGUCCCUUGUGUCACCUGUGGGCUUUGGGGACAAAGCUGAGGUCAGCUUCAGGGAGCAGGAGAAGGGAGCGUCUCUUUCUCCAGCUGGGCGGAGGAGCGAGCAGGUGCUGUCUCAGCAUGCAACAUCAGAGGUCCCAGCAGGCAGUCAGGUAUCCCAUUCAGGGCCUCUGGAAAGAAAGCAGCAGCGCAGGUCCAUCCGAAGCCGCUCUGAGUCAGAGAAGGGCUCAGAACCUGUGGUGAAGAAGAAGGUAAAGAAAGAGCAGGCAGAAUCUGUUCCCCAGAAUACUCUGAAGACAGGAUUACAAAAAGGUGCGAGUGAAAUCUCAGACUCCUGCAAGCCCCUGAAGAAACGCAGCCGGGCCUCCACCGAUGUGGAGAUGACCAGCUCCCAGUACCGUGAUACCUCUGACUCCGACUCCCGGGGCCUCAACGAUCCACAGGCCACGUUUGGGAAGCGCUCCGACAGCCCUGCAGCCACCGACGCCGAUGGUUCUGAUGCGCAGUCUGUGGACUCCAGCCUGUCCAGGCAAGGUGGCAGCACAUCCAAGAAGGACAGUGUUUGUCAGAUCUGCGAGGUUUUCGGAGACACCCUGCUGUGCUGCGAGGGCGACUGCCACCGACUGUUCCACCCAGAGUGCACAGGCCUGCUGCCCCCCCCCGAAGGGCACUUCACAUGUGCUGAGUGUAAAGCAGGCGCUCACCCCUGUUUCUCCUGCAAGGUGUCGGACAGCAGCGUGAGACGCUGCUCGGUCAACGGUUGCGGCCGCUUCUACCACGACACCUGCGCCCGCAAGUAUGCCAGUGCCUCAGUGGACAGCAAGGGGUUGCGCUGCCCCCAGCACAGCUGCGCCACCUGCUGUUUGGAGAGAGACCUGCACAAAGCCAGCAAAGGUCGGAUGAUGCGCUGUAUCCGCUGCCCCGUGGCCUAUCACACGGGUGACAGUUGCAUCGCUGCUGGUAGCGUGGUGAUCACACCGCACGUCAUCGUGUGCAGCAACCACUCGAACUCCGGGAAGAACGGCCACGCAACGUCACCGGUAAACGUAGGCUGGUGUUUCAUCUGUGCCCGAGGGCUAUUAGUGCAGGAUGGUACAGACAACCCAAUAUUAAGUUCAUAUGCCUAUAAGUCGCACUACCUUCUCACUGAGUCAAAUGGUGCUGACUUGAUGAAAGUACCCAUGAUUCCUUCUUCGUCAGCUACCAAAAAGAAUGUUGGGAAAGGAGGAAAGCUGCUGUGCUGUGAAUCAUGCCCUGCCUCCUUCCACCCGGAGUGUCUGAACAUCGAGAUGCCCGAGGGGGCCUGGCUUUGUGCCGACUGCAAGACUGGCAGGAAGCCCCACUACAAGCAGAUUGUUUGGGUCAAACUGGGUAACUACAGGUGGUGGCCAGCAGAAAUCUGUAACCCCCGCCUGGUCCCCUUUAACAUCCAGACCCUGAAGCAUGACAUUGGGGACUUCCCCGUCUUCUUCUUUGGCUCCCACGACUACUACUGGACCAGUCAGGGACGGGUCUUCCCAUAUGUGGAAGGGGACAAGCACUUUGCCGAAGGCCAGGCCACCAUUAACAAGACUUUCAAGAAAGCCCUUGAGGAGGCUGCCAGGAGGUUUCAGGAGCUCAAGGCACAGCGAGAGAACAAGGAGGCCCUGGAGCAGGAGCGCAACUCCCGUAAACCACCACCAUACAAGUUCAUCAAGUCCAACAAACCGGUGGGGAAGGUGCAGGUUCACGUUGCAGACCUGUCUGAAAUUCCACGCUGCGGCUGCAAGCCAACGGACGAGAGCCCAUGCGGCCAGGACUCACAGUGCCUGAACCGCAUGCUGCAGUACGAGUGUCACCCACAGGUGUGCCCUGCUGGGGACCGCUGCCACAACCAACGCUUCACCCGGCGCCUCUACCCCGAGACUGAGGUUGUUAAGACCGAGGGCUGCGGCUGGGGCCUUAAGACCAAGGUGGACUUGAAGAAGGGAGAUUUUGUGACCGAGUAUGUUGGGGAGGUAAUUGACUCAGAAGAAUGCAGGCAACGAAUCAAACAUGCCCACGAGAACCACGUGACCAACUUUUACAUGCUUACUCUCACCAAGGACCGUGUGAUUGAUGCCGGGCCCAAGGGGAACUUCUCCCGCUUCAUGAACCACAGCUGCAGCCCUAACUGUGAGACGCAGAAGUGGACGGUCAACGGGGACGUCCGCAUAGGGCUCUUUGCCCUGUGUGACAUAGAGGCAGGCACAGAGCUCACCUUCAACUACAACCUGGACUGCCUCGGCAACGGAAGGACAUCCUGUCACUGCGGAGCAGAGAACUGCAGUGGCUUCUUGGGGGUUCGGCCAAAGAGUGCAGUGGUGAUAGAAAAGGAGGAGAAAGCCCGCAACGCCAAGCUGAAGCCCAGGAAGCGCAAGCUGAGGCCGGAGAGCAGGCAACCGCAUGACUAUUACUGCUUCUGUUGUGGCGAGGGCGGUGAACUGGUCAUGUGCGACCGGAAGGAGUGCCCCAAAGCGUAUCACCUGCUGUGUCUCAACCUGACCAAGCCACCCUACGGUCGCUGGGAGUGCCCUUGGCACCAAUGUAGUGUGUGUCAGCGUCCAGUCUCUUCCUCCUGCCACUUUUGCCCGAGCUCCUUCUGCCGGGAGCAUGAGAAGGGCAUGCUGGUACCCUCUGUCCUGGACGGGCACCCCUGCUGCUCCAAACAUGACCCCGAGAAGCCCCCAAACCACUGGUCUGAACUUAGCCAGGUCAAGGUCAAAGAGGAGCCUCCGGAGCCGGGGGAGGACUCUCCCUAUUGAUGUUCUGGCAAAGGAAAGGGGGGAAUUGAGGAAUAAUUAAAGGGUGGGGGAGUCAUGCCACAUAAGCCUUGUUUUCUUUUUAAACAAUGCCAUACAGAAGAGCUGAGAAUAGUGAUGUCUCUUUUCUUUUUUAAAUCUGUCAUCAUAUUCCAGUUUAUUAUUUUAACUGGAGGUCAGCAAUUCAUUUUUACCACUGCCAUUAAUUUUAUUUAACAAUUUUUACAAUAUCUUUCCAUUUUUACUUUUUACGCAAGAUUCCAACAGUGUGAGUGUUGGCAACACACAUGGUCUUCAGCUGAACUUUUCAUCCUGGGUGUAAGGAGAUGAUUCAUCCUUCCCCUGCUGCUCUUUCUUAAUUUUUUCCCCAUAGUGAAAGACACAGACAAGGACUGUUUAGGGGAGACUGUCAGAGCCCCUUUCCCUACCUCCGCUCCCCCUUCUCCUUUUUCCAAAUGUUGAUCACUCCAAAAACACGAUAUUGGAAUUAUGUACCUCAUUAUAUAUAUACAUAG